AUUCUCCUAAUUCUAUGGAUGCGGGGUGUCGGACAUUAAAUUUCGUGCGAGACAAUAACAUUCCCUGAGCAUUGCGAAUUAAGCAGAAUCUUCUGUUAUCUUUCGUCACGUAGCACAUAAUUAGGUUAGUUUAGGAAUGUUUUCUCGUUCACCAUGGAGGUACUACGCAUGAUAGUCUACGAAAAUCUCUCUUCAUGCAUCUUCGUCUCCCUACUAUUCGCCGGUAUGCUCACAUGGCCGCAUCUCGUCGACGAAAUCAAACUGCGGAGGUAUCCCCUCGUCGGAAAGGAACGCAGCCGCGCGGAAAGAGUCAAGACAUACAUUUUGUCAGCAUACUCUGCUUACGAGGAGGGUCGUCGAGAAUACGAGGACAAGUUCCAUCGCAUGACCACAAUCGACGGAGACCAUGUCAUCGUACCGAAUAAAUACCUGGACGAGUUACGGCAACGUCCUGAUUCUGAAAUCGACUCCCAACACCCCUUUAAUAGAAUCUUCGAAAACCAGUACACCGGCGUGUUCCCCACUAGGUCUAACACCGAGCUUGUCAACCAGGUCGUCAAGGCGGAACUCACUCGUUCUUUGGCCCGAAUCAACCCCCGCCUCUCAACAGAAGUCGAGAGAACCGUCCGAGAAGAACUCCCGCCGUGCGACGAUUGGACCGGCGUCAACGUGAGCAACGCCCUAAUGCAAAUCGUCGCCAUUGUAUCAGGUCACAUAUUUCUCGGCCCGGAACUAUGCCGCAGUCCUGACUAUCUCCGCUCCGCCGUCGACUAUACCGUGUACAUCGCCACAGCGGCCAACCUACUAAAAUCGUGGCCAAGCUGGAUGAGAGGCAUCAUUUUCCUCAUUCGACCUGAAUUCAGGAGGCUGCGCCAGCUGCGGCGGGAUAUGAAGCUUUUCCUCAAGCCGCUUAUUGAGGAAAGAAGGACAAAGAUCCGGAACGGGGAACAGUUAUCUGAUGACAUGCUUUCGUGGAUGUUGGUCAAAACCGAGGCCAAGGGAAUGAGGGAUUUAACGCAUUUGACUAAUAUGCAGUUGUUACUGACUAUGGCAGCUAUUCAUACGACGACGUUUACUGCCGCGCGGAUUCUAUACGAUCUAGCUGCACAUCCCGAGACAGUCAAGGACCUACGACACGAGAUCCGAACCGUGCUAGAUCAGAACGACGGCGUCAUGACGACAAAGGCGCUGUUUGAUCUGAAGCUCAUGGACAGCGUUAUGCGUGAGUCGCAGCGACUGAAUCCAGCAUUCUCAGAUGGAUUCCGCCGGUACACAUUUAAGCGCAUCAUGCUGAAAGACGGGACGUGCAUACCAGCCAAUUGCUUCAUAGAAGCUGCCAACGGACCUGUGCUGCGCGACGCGGCCUUUUAUCCAGAUCCAGACAAAUUCCUCCCCACCCGCUUCCUCAGUCUCCGCACCAAUCCCACGACGCCCGACCCCAUCGGAUACAAGAACAGGGAGCAGUAUCAAUUCGUCAGCGUGACGAAAGAAAACAUGAGUUUCGGCUUUGGACGACACGCGUGUCCGGGUAGGUUCUUCGCAGCCAACGAGAUCAAGCUGAUCCUUGCGCGGAUGCUGCUCGAGUACGAUGUGCGGAUGCCUGACGGCGUAGAGGGACCGUAUGAGAAUUUUCAUUUUGGGGCGGUGAAUGGGGUUGAUGGGACGAAGGAGAUAAUGAUGCGGACAGUGAAGAGAUAGAGCGUUCAGAUAUUUGGUCGUGUUUACCAUGGUCAUACAACUGAAAUCCAGGGGCUGUGACAAUUCAAUCA